AUGUGUACAAAGCACAUGUGGCUAAUAUACAAUGGCGAAUUUGGUGGUGAUGUUGGUGGUUGCUCAUCUGUCAUCUGUGUGGUGUCCUCCGUUGAUGGAACACGACCAAUAUGUAAGCACCCUUACUUAUAUGGAUUUGACGGAUCUGGUAAAACUUUUGCGUGGAAUACCCUCUCAGCUGCGCUGCGUCCUGAAGGAAAAAUUGUUCUAAAUGUUGCGUCCAGUGGCAUUGCUUCAUUACUAUUACCUGGAGGUAGAACUGCUCACUCUAGAUUUUUCAUUCCUAUCAUUAUCCAUGAAUCAUCAACAUGUAAUGUCCGUCAAGGUUCUUAUAAAGCUGAGAUGCUUCAAAAAGCAAGUCUUAUCAUUUGGGAUGAAGCUUCAAUGCUUAACAAGCACUGUUUUGAAGCUCUAGGCAAAACUUUGAAUGACAUUAUGAAGACCCAAGCAACUUUUGGCCACGAUAAACCCUUUGGAGGAAAGGUAGUUGUUUUGGGUGGGGACUUCCGACAGAUUCUGCCAAUAAUUUUAAAAGGAAGUAGAUCAGAAAUCAUUUCUUCUUCUGUGAAUUCAUCAUACCUAUGGAAGCAUUGUAAAGUAAUGAAGUUAACUACCAACAUGAGAUUACAACAAGCUGGGUCCUCUUCUUCAUCCUUGGACAUCAAAGAAUUUGCGGAUUGGCUUCUUCAAGUGGGCGAUGGCACGAUUAAGCCAAUCAAUGAGGAUGAUUCUAUUAUAGAAAUUCCCUCUGAUUUGUUGGUGAGGGAGUCUGAUAAUCCCUUACUUGAGUUAGUCAAUUUUGCAUAUCCCAAUGUUGUUGAUAAUUUGGAGAACUAUGCAUAUUUUGAACAAAGAGCACUCCUUGGCUCCCACUCUUGA